AUGGUUGUGGCCAGAAAGCUCACUUGGGAUGGCAACUCCCUCGCGCUAAGAGAGCAUUUCUACCAUAUCAAAUUCAUCGACGACUUGUUGCGCCCCAUUGUUGCCGUAUUUUCGAGCUGGCUGCUCGCUGUCGAGCCGGUUGGUUGGUGGCAGAUGCUCACGUUCAUCUGUGACUUUGGGGUCGUGUACACGAUUUGGAUAUUUGAGUCUCUCAGGGGUGGAAACCAGUAUACCGCCGCUCGCAUACCUGCCUUCUUUGGUACACUGGCUCAACUUCGAGGCUUCGGUGUUAUUGGGCCCGUUUACUAUUUCCUCAACUACAUAACAGCGGCUCCUGCUGCCGUCCUGAAGAACCCUCAGAUGCGUUCAAUCAACGUCAAAGUUGCGUGGACGACGUUGCCCCUGAUGGCUCUACUGUUCUACGUCCCACAUUUCGUGUCCCAUCUCCAUCCUUCCUACGCCACUCGACUGGAUGCGAAUUGGCUGUGGCAGCCGUUUCCGCUCUUCGUCGGAGCGGUCCAGAUCCUCGUCAAUAUCCUCAACCCGGGAGGACAGCCUCGCGCAAACCGCACUGGAACCGUUGGAUUGGGGAUUAUGCAACUCACCCUGAUUCCGUUGAUCCUGGUGGCAAUCGGCGCAUGGCUCUACGUCCUUCUGAAUUCUCCCUUCUCGCCUCUCGAGAUCUUCACACCGGUCGUGGAUGCGUCCGGGAGCCAUUGGUCAACGUUCAUGACCAACUUUGUCCAAUGGGAUGAGGUAUUCGGUGCGGCCAGCUCGCACCUUUGGCUUUUGUACGCGUACGUGGAUCUCAAACGUGCCGGGAUACUUGACACGAGCCUGGUGACCGUCGUCUUAUGUGGUGUUCCGCUGUUUGUCGCUUUGGGGCCUGGAGCCACCUUUGGAAUUGGAUGGCUGGUUAGAGAGCGCAUUUUGGCAUCCCAAUCUGCGUAA